CCCUCUUCUCUCUUCCCCUCCCACUCCACGCUCUGAGAUCAAGCCUCUCUUCCCCUCUCCGAGCCUUCACUUCAGUCAACAUGGCCACACUUGUAACCUCCACCAGGUUCACAGACGAGUAUCAGCUGUACGAGGAACUCGGAAAGGGGGCCUUCUCCGUCGUCCGCCGCUGCGUCAAGAAAUCCACCGGACAGGAGUAUGCUGCUAAAAUCAUCAACACCAAAAAGCUCUCCGCCAGAGAUCAUCAGAAACUGGAGCGAGAGGCCAGGAUCUGUCGAAUGCUCAAACAUCCAAACAUAGUGCGACUCCAUGAGAGCAUUGCAGAGGAAGGCUUCCAUUACCUCGUCUUUGACCUCGUCACCGGAGGAGAGCUGUUUGAGGACAUCGUUGCGAGGGAGUACUACAGCGAGGCGGAUGCCAGCCACUGCAUCAAUCAGAUCCUGGAGAGCAUCAGUCACAUCCACCAGCACGAUAUCGUCCACAGAGACCUCAAGCCAGAAAACCUUCUCCUCGCCAGUAAGAUGAAGGGAGCAGCUGUGAAGCUCGCGGAUUUCGGACUUGCCAUCGAGGUGCAGGGGGACCAGCAGGCGUGGUUCGGUUUCGCUGGAACUCCUGGAUAUUUGUCGCCCGAGGUUUUGAGAAAGGAUCCGUACGGCAAGCCGGUGGACAUCUGGGCAUGUGGUGUGAUCCUCUACAUCUUGCUAGUGGGAUACCCUCCAUUUUGGGACGAGGACCAACACAAACUGUAUCAACAGAUCAAAGCUGGCGCCUAUGAUUUUCCGUCCCCAGAGUGGGACACGGUGACCCCCGAGGCCAAGAAUCUGAUCAAUCAGAUGCUGACCAUUAACCCUGCCAAAAGAAUCACUGCUGACCAGGCCCUCAAGCAUCCCUGGGUCUGCCAACGCUCCACUGUUGCCUCCAUGAUGCAUCGUCAAGAAACCGUUGAAUGUCUGCGCAAGUUCAACGCCAGGAGAAAACUUAAGGGAGCUAUUCUCACAACAAUGCUGGUAUCCAGGAACUUUUCAGUGGGACGGCAGCACACCAGCCCUGCCGCCACCACCAGCACGGCAGCAAUGGCUCAGGAAGCGUGCAAAACCUUGCUAAACAAAAAGUCGGACGGUGUGAAGUCGCAGGGAAACAACAGUAAAAACAGUGUAGUAAGCAGCAGCAGCAGCACCAAAGACAGCAGCAUGUCAUCGUCCGCGCCAAUGGAAGCCCAGACAACUGUUGUACACAACCCAGCAGACGGCACCAAGGGCUCCACAGAGAGCUGUAAUAACGCCGAAGAGGAGGAGAUGAAAGGUAGGAAAGCUCGGAAACAAGAGAUAAUAAAGAUGACGGAGCAGCUAAUUGAAGCCAUCAACAAUGGAGAUUUUGAUGCUUACACGAGAAUCUGUGAUCCUGGACUGACUUCUUUUGAGCCAGAAGCUCUUGGAAACCUGGUGGAGGGCAUGGACUUUCACAAAUUCUACUUUGAGAAUCUUCUGAGUAAAAACAGCAAACCGGUCCACACCACCAUCCUCAACCCCCACGUGCAUCUGAUCGGCGAGGACGCCGCCUGCAUCGCCUACAUCCGCCUGACGCAGUACAUGGACAGCCAGGGGCGGCCUCGAUCCUGCCAAUCGGAAGAGACCCGCGUGUGGCAUCGGCGCGACGCCAAGUGGCUCAACGUUCACUUCCACUGUUCAGGAGCACCGGCUGCACCGCUGCAGUGAACGGACAGCCCAGGCCCAGGUUUGCCUGAACUUUAAAGCUACUUUUCUUUCCCUCCGAGGUCGGAGUGGAACCUGGAUCCUGGCUGGGACGAGGCUGCACGGGAUACUCAAAAGUGGGGAAAAUAUUACAAUUUUUGAAAAGUAAAGAAAACAAAACAAAACAAAAAAAAACACGU